AUGGACAUGGCAAAGAAUACAACGCGGUCAGUGGAACUGCGCAAGCCGCGACCCGACUGCAAGGCCUGUGCUCCAUCUGCACAGAUGACACCCGAAGUGAUUAAGCAAACGGACUACCUGGAAUUCUGUGGAGCUCCAAGCUGCGAUGUGGAAUUGAAAGCCCUACGCGACAACAAAAUUCAUCACCUCUUGAUCGAUAUUCGCCCGUCGGUGGAGGUUGAGAUCUGCAGACUGAAGGACUGCCUCUAUAUACCCCUGCCCGAACUUUAUCGUGACUCAAAUCUUACCCAGAUUUGUUCGCAUAUCAGGAACGCCCAACCUCCAGACUCCAAAAAACCCUAUCCUGGUAAGCGACGAGGCUGUUGA